AUGGUGCUAAAUGGUGCAGCAGGGGGCACUAUUAAAACUCUAAGAGCAAAUGAGACUCUUGAGUUGAUUGAGAGGAUGCCUGCCAACGAAAACCAAGCGCUGUCAUCCAAGCCUAAAAGAGGUAUCCUUAAACUGGAAGGCAAUGAUGUUGUGAUGGCUGAAAACAAUUUGUUAUCUCAGCAGGUAGCAAACUUGACAUCACGGCUUGAUAAGAUGCAAUUUUCUAGCGUCCAAGCUAAAGCAGCUUCAGUUAUUUGUGAAUACUGCAAGGAAAGCCAUGAUUCUAAUGAAUUUCCUACCUUACUGUCUGAUGAUCCUCCUCAACAGGUGCAAGUAAAUGGUAUUUGGUAUGACCAAAGACCUUUGCCACAAAAUGUUCCAAGAACUCAGAAUUAUCCUUCUGGGAAUAAUAACUUCCAAAGGAGGGUGCAAGGUACUGGUCUUGAUUUCAAGUCCAAUAACUAUUUGCAGCCACCGUCAGUUCAACCGAAGGAACCUUCUGAGUUAGAAAAGCUAGUGGGACAAAUGGCCCAACAUUCCAAUGAUUUUAUGGAAGAGACUCGGUUCCCAAGUGAUACAAUUGUGAAUCCAAAGGAGGACUGCAAGUCUAUUGUAACUAGGAGUGGAAUUGUGAUCACUCCUCAAGAAAAGCCAAAAUCGGUUCAGCCAAAGAAAGUUAAUGAGCCAACAACUGAGCUGGAACAUGAGAAAGAAGUACAAGCACCUAUCAGUGAGCAAGAAGAAGCAAAGGAGAAAGCUGUUGAAGCUCCAAAGCAACCGAUGGAUUUUUCUCGCUUUGAGAAACCUCCAUAUCCUAUGAAGCUCAAACAGCAAGCACAAAAGCAACAGUAUAAGAAGUUCCCACCAAAGCUUCAAGAUCCUGGGAGUUUUAACAUCCCAAUUGCGGUGGGCAACACUAAUGUUGGCCGGGCACUACGUGAUCUCGGAGCAAGCAUCAACUUGAUGCCAUUGUCAAUAUACAAGUCAUUGGGAAUUACUGAGUUGAAGCCAACCAUGGUCUCUCUUCAGCUUGCUUACCGUUCUUUCAGGAGACCUAAUGGAAUCAUAGAAGAUGUUCUUGUUAAAGUUGACAAGUUCAUCUUCUCGGCUGAUUUCAUCGUGCUAGACAUGGAGGAAGAGAGUGAAAUGCCCCUUCUGUUGGGUAGACCACUUGAUGUGGUUGAGGAAGCAGUCAAAGAGGUGGUUAUGGAAGAGAAAAGUGAGCUUCAAGAGCUUGAAGAAGAGUUGAAGGCUCUAGAUGAAGCUGCUCCAGAAGAAGAGCGAGCAACUGUCUUUGAGGUACUAGAAAAGAAAGAAGACGACUCAGCUACAUUGGUACCAAAAGUGGAAUUAAAAGAGUUACCUGAAACUCUUAAGUAUGCUUUCUUUGGAGACAAAGAACAAUAUCCUGUUAUCAUCAAUAAGGAAGUCCAUCAGCAGUAUAAAGAAAGCAAGCCAAAGGUUAAGAUGGAAAAGCCCAAGGAAUUAGCCCUUCGACUAGUAUACUUUGUUGCUGAAGACAUCAACAUUCUAAAUCUGGGAAUUGUCGCAUGCU